AUGAUGGAUCAACUUCGUCACAUUGCACGGGAUGGUACCCAUUGCGAUAUUGCUCUUUCGGAAACAUUCACGGGUUAUUGCCCGCCGGCGGAGAGGGGCUUUUACGUGUCUGGUGGUAUGGCUCCCAACCCGGGUGUGUGCUACUACGAUGAGGGGUUCGUCCCUUCUGGGAUGGACUACAUGAAUGCAACGUACUAUCAAAACGGACCGGAAGACAUUUCCAAGCCGGUCGCGCCGCCUAUGUAUGUUUACUCUGAGCAACCGAUGGCACCAAUGACGGGUUACAAUAACCCCUAUAUGUAUGGCCCAAUGGAUCUAACCUAUUUCCCUACUGGUGACCCGGUUUUCUAUGGCAUGCCUUGUUCAACGGUGGAUCAUGUGGUUGGAGUGCCAAAGGCCGAAAUCGACGACGACGCUCGCACCUUCGCAGAGUGCAGCACGGCGGCCACUACUCCGCACCUCAGAUCAUGCGCGAAUCCGGAGUUGGUCGACGACGGUUUCGAGUUGGCGUAUUCUCCUGAAUACGAGAACGUGCCGUUGCCACCUGUGAGUUCGAGAUUCAACGCGCCUGUUGCGCCAAAUGCAACAUACUACAAGAACGUUGUGAACUUCGAGGAUGCGUUUUCGCCGUGCCGCUACACCGACGCGAUGGCCAACGAUGCCAUCGUCGUCGAAAUCGCUAAUGAAAUUGCGGCCAAUGUACAAUACCUCCCGGACAAGGAAUCCAGCGGGAAAUACUCGUUAGACAAGAACCACCCGAUACACUGUGUGUGGCGCGAUCUUAACCGUGGGCAUUGCAGCUGGAGGUGCAGGUGGUGGGAGAAUGGAAAGCGCCUCAGCAAGAAUUUCAAUGUGAAACGCUUCGGCGAAUGGGAGGCCAUGUGGAUGGCCAUUGCCAUGAAAAUUAGGAACUCAACACCCGUGGAGAGAUUCCAACUCCUAAAGGAACAACGCGAAGCCGUUCGAAAUUAUUGUGAGCUGGCAAGCCAACACGCCGGUAGUUCGGUCACUGAGGAGAACUAUAUGGAUGCUGCGGUGGUCGCAGUGCCACCAAUGGGUUUAUCGCCGCGUAAGAAAAGGCAACCUGCCAACAGCGCUAAAUGUGCACAAAAGGCCAACUGGGCACGCAUCUCGUGGACGUACGUCAUGGUAUCGGACAGGCGUCCGAGCGAAAUGAGCGUCGUCUGCAGGCUUUGUGCUAAAACCACGAAGUGCUCGCGAAGCAGGAACCUACAACAAGCGCACAUUAUGCAUCUCAUUCGCAUGCAUAAGAACCCGUGGAAGAAAUACCUUGACGUGGAGGGACUCACUAAGAUGUGCAGCUCUGCCUUGGAUGCAUUGUACAAACAACAAGGAUUCACGGCCGACAGCGAGUGGAAGCUCAGACCCGGAAUUGUGCCUCCGGAACCUGACUUCGAGGAUAUGUCUAUGCAUUACAACGGCUUUGAUGAAGAGUAA